UGGCGCUGAUGGCCCUGUUCUCUCCGCAGGUGCUGCUGUCGGGGCUGAUCGGCAUCACUGCCUGGAGGAGACCCAUCGCCAUGACAAUCACGUGUUUCCUGCUGCUGUCCGCAGUUUGUGUGAUGCUGAACCUGGCCGGUUCCAUCCUCUCCUGUCAGAACGCUCAUCUCAUCGCUUCCCUCCAACGAUGUAUGUUGUACAAGUUUGACCGUGCAGGAGUUUGUGUAUGCUGUGAGAUACAGGAGCGAGCGACAGAAUGCACUCAUCUGGGGGAAACGCUGAAGCUGAACCCAGUGCUGGAAUGCGGUGCUGUGCGGGUGCUGUUGAAGGAUCUGCUGUUCAGUAUCUGCACACUCAAUGUCAUCUCCACGAUGGUGUGUGCACUCGCUACUGCCACCUGCUGCACACAGAUAGUAACCGCGGACAUUAUACACAUGUUUAUUCCACAGAGAUUGAGAGCGGGGACCCCCGAGUGCUGGAUCCCGAAUGAUGUAGGUGUGCCCCAGGUCAUGGAUUAUGAUGAAUUUAUCCCUCCUAUUCCUCCUCCUCCGUACUAUCCUCCAGAGUAUACACGCAGCCCAGCAUUGGAUACCCAGAGGCUGCUGCACCUGCAUUUCCCCUGCAGAGCUUCUCCUUGUGAUGUUACUGUUGCCAGCCAUGGCGAUCAGUACCCUUCCGAGCUACCUCCGCCUUAUGAGGCUGUCGUCAGUGAAUCCUCCACUGCUCAGCACGUAGCCAGGGACUCUCACGGGAUGGAGCAGUGGUCGAUCUGUCGGCCCAACCUGUUCCAGAGGAGCCCAGCCAUGACAUUUAGCUCACAAGUGUCCGGCGUUGUCUCGCCAGCUGCCUCGGGAGCUGAGGGUGUCCAAGGACACACCUCGCCUGCGGAUCUGUAUUGGCUGGAAGUUCAGGUGUUGCUCGGUGCUGGUGAGAUGUCUUUGUACAACACGAUCUACGGCAGCCACAGUGACAGCUGUCCGAGCCCGGCCACGGCCCACAGGAGGUCAGCAGAAGUGGCUGCGUGUCAGUCAGAUUGCUGUGUGGACGGGCUGCCAGCAAGUUACAGGCCCCAGCUAUUCCCCCAGCGACCCCUCGCCUCUCCAUCCCUCCUAAACUCAAACCAACACUGUCAACUCCUCAGUCGGGCCCUGCCAACGAGCGCUUCAACCUCAGGAUCCAGAAACAGCCCUAGCAGGAGGCAGAGGGACAGAAUGGUUCGGUCAACAAGUGACCCGGUGACGUGCUGUUCUCUGACAGACGCUCCCGCUGCCCCGCUGGAAGCCGGUUGCUUUGGGGCAGUCGCACGCCUUCGCUCGUUGAGGCCCCAGAAGGACGCAGGGAGAGUGGUCGCCCGGUGCAGGCACCGAGCCUUGCAGGCGGUGGGCAAGGAGCGGCCACACUCCCUCGUGGACCUCAAAACAUAUAAAGAUACGAAGAUCCUGGUGGCCAAAUUCCUGGAGCACUCGAAGUGCUCGCUGCCUCCCGAGGUCAGGCAUGUGGUCAACAACAUCAGGACCGUCAUCAAAUCAGACGAGGUACACAUGGAGGAGGCCAUCUUCAGCGCCAGGGUCCUUGAGGAGCUAUGUUAUUUUCAUGAGUUUGCUGACACACCCUGCCUCCACCGCCUCCGUGGGUCAUCCAUUCCAUACAUUCACCGCUCUCUCUGUAAAGUGAUGACGGGUUCCCAGCGUCACACCAAGGUGGGUGGGCCCCGGUCCCAGGGUGGUCUGCACCUGCACAGCUGUGGGGAUCUGAGCUCCCCGGUGGCGUUCCCGACACACGGAGACUCCCUGCAGCUUCACCAGCUGCAGCUCCGAGUCAGCAGGGAGACCGUUCUGUGAACAAGGACACGGGGGCUGAGACAAGUCGUGGCAACUGCCCCCCGCCCCCCCCGCCCCCAACCUGGGCAGGAGCAGAUUUUCCAGUGUUCACUCGGACGUUCCCACAAAUCCUGCUCAGAACAACUUGUAUUUAUAUAGCGCCCUUCACGCGAAGUAGCGUCCCAAAGCGCUGCAUGAACGACAGGGGAUGUGGAGACAAGGUGAAAGUACAUACAGAGCACCGGCUUCUGAGGCCGUCAGUGCCUGCACGUGGAGGAUGGCAGCUCUCCCAAGGCCAGCGCAGACCUUAGCCCCUAUGUAUCGAGGGACAUUCAAGGUUAAUACGCUGAGCAGCUCUGGGAGUGUUAAUACCAUGUUAAAUUAUUACACUUUAUUUUUAUGUAUCUUGUUUUUAAUUAUGCGGAGUGAGAAGCAGUGAGAACCUUUUGUACGAAGCUCAGAAAUAAAUUUGAAACGGUCGCCUCCAAA